GCAGAUGUUAUUCUUGACAAUCAAGAUGAUAAAGGAAGACGCAAGCCAAGACGCAUGCGCACUUGUUUCACUCCUCGGCAACUUCAAGUUUUAGAGCAGACCUUUUGCAAGACACAUUAUCCAGAUGUGCUACUAAGGGAGCAGUUAGCAAAUUUUACAAACCUACCAGAAUCAAGAAUACAGGUAAAUAAGAAUUACUUGGCUUUGGUUAGGAAACGGGCCAAAAUGUAACAAUCAUUUGAAUUACAGUCAACUCCCUCUAAGACACAUCACUUUGGGACCAGCACUUUAAGUGCGUCUAAGAGAAGUGUCCGUCAAAUAGAGAGUCAACUUAAAGGAUUAUAGAAAGGCAGGGACCAACUCUGGGUGUCCGUCUUAGCGAGGACUCCGUUUUUUUAUCGUGUCCGUUAAAAGGCAGUUGACUGUAUCCGUCUUAUAUAGAGAGUCAACUUAAAGGAUUAUAGAAAGGCAGGGACCAACUCUGGGUGACCCUCUUAGCGAGGUGUCCGUCUUAUAGAAGUGUCUGUUAAAAGGGAGUUGACCGUAUCCGUCUUAUAUAGAGGGUCAACUUAAAGGAAUAUAGAAAGGCAGGGACCUACUCUGUGUGUCCGUCUUAGCGAGGAGUCCGCUAAAAGAUCGUUAACUGUAUUACCGUUUUAGAAAAUAUUUCUAGAAUAUGCUGUGAAUUGACUGGAUAGAUCAAGGGAGGGGAACAAAGAAGAAAAUAGAGAGGAACAAGAAGGGGAGAGGUGCGGUAUGGGAGAGAAGAAGAGGAAUCUACCGAUAUAUGGAUUAACAACAGAGAAGACAAAAUUGAAGUCAAAAAAUUCAAACUUGUAAAAUUAUGGGAUUGGUUAGAAUAUUCAGAAAGAACAAGAUGAAAAACGCCCCCUUGUCAAAAAUCAGCCUGUUAGUGUAAUUUGGUGGGUAGAUAUACGCACCGGUUUGCUCUGAUGACUCCCUACAAGUCCUUCUAAAAUUGGCUUGGAUAGUAACGAUGACCAUAAGGCCUAGUUAAUCACCAAUUUGCACCAACUUCUUUCCCAUAAUUUCACAAAUUUUAUUUUUGUUACGUCAUAACUUCUUAUCUCUAUUGCCUCAUUAGGACAGUACGUUGGUUCUCAUUUCAUAAAUGUCCUUCUCAGAAACGUUUAAUUAAUUUUGUUUUCUCCUCUUACAGGUAUGGUUCAAAAAUCGCAGAGCAAAGUAUCGAAAACACGAGAAGUCCGGAGUUGAACUAACAUCAAAAACGAGUCUUUCAAGUUUCUGUAAUGCUGAGACCAUGGGAAACAGGCAUGAAUGUUCACUCUCCCACCUCUCCUUUUACCAAUCUCCAAGAAAUAGCAAUCGGCCAGUUAUGUCACCUGUUCUCAGAAGAAAACCAGACAUGGAACGACCACUCGAUCAUGGUCAUCAUCUUCCGAGCAUGUCAACAUUUCUCCCGCCAGUUCAUGAAAUGCUUCCACAUAACAUGAUGACGUCAUCAUUUCACCCAUUCUCUUGCACAUCUGAGCCAUAUCGACAACAAUCAUUCCCUUCAUACACCCUCAGGCAUUUUACUGAUGGGUCUCCAUUUGGUUACAAUUAA